GGAGGCCACUCUUGAAGCAGGCGUUGAGCUGUGCACAUCUCCCCACCACAGGCACCUUCUCCAUAUAUCCAGCUUUUAUUUCAUUUUUUCCACUUGGCUGAGCCAUCCAGAGCCUUUUCAAUGUAUAAAAUGGAAUAUUCUUACCUCAAUUCCUCUGCCUACGAGUCCUGUAUGGCUGGGAUGGACACUUCGAGCCUGGCUUCAGCUUAUGCUGACUUCAGUUCCUGCAGCCAAGCCAGUGGCUUUCAAUAUAACCCUAUAAGGACCACUUUUGGGGCCACCUCUGGCUGCCCAUCCCUCACUCCAGGAUCCUGCAGUCUCGGCUCUCUUAGGGACCACCAGAGCAGUCCAUACGCAGCAGUUCCUUACAAACUCUUCACCGACCACGGGGGUUUAAACGAGAAGAGGAAACAGAGGCGGAUCAGAACUACGUUCACCAGCGCCCAGCUCAAGGAACUGGAGAGGGUGUUCGCAGAGACUCAUUAUCCUGAUAUAUACACCCGGGAGGAGCUGGCACUCAAGAUAGACCUCACCGAGGCGAGAGUGCAGGUCUGGUUCCAGAACCGCCGCGCCAAAUUCCGCAAGCAGGAGAGGGCUGCGGCUGCGGCGGCGGCGGCCGCCAAGAACGGGGCGGCCGGCAAGAAAUCCGACGCCUCCCGCGACGACGAGAGCAAGGAGGCCAAGAGCACCGACCCCGACAGCACCGGUGGCCCCGGUCCCAAUCCCAACCCCGCUCCCAGCUGCGGCGGAGGCGGUGGCGGCGGACCCAGCCCCGCGGCCGGGCAGGGAGCGGCGGGGCCCGGAGGACCGGGAGGCGAGCCGGGCAAGGGAGCGGCGGGGCCUGGCGGGCUGGCGGCGGCGGGGCCGGGGCAGGGCUGGGCGCCGGGGCCCGGGCCCAUCACCUCUAUCCCCGACUCGUUAGGCGGCCCCUUCGCCAGCGUCCUCUCCUCGCUGCAGCGGCCCGGAGGCACCAAAGGCAGCCUCGUCAAGAGCGGCAUGUUCUGA